CUUGACAAUAUCAGACAUACUUAUGCAGGCGUCCAGUACACACAACACAUUGUCGUCAAUCAGUGUGCAGUCAAAAUAUACACACAUUAUUGGUUAAGUAAUUAUUUCUCACCAAAACAUAAACAUGGCAGAAAUAUCAAAAGAAACUCUACGCAAGGAAAUUAGCGCCAUACUGAAAAAUGCCGACCUUGAAAAAACUUCGUCGAAAAAAGUGCGUUUGUCACUGGAAAAUAAGUUCAGCUGUGAUUUUACCAAUCGUCGAAAGGAAAUUGACUCAAUGGUGAUGGAUUGUGUUGAUUCAAUGCAAAAUGAUGAAGAAAGCCAUGAGUCUUCAAGUGAAGAAGAAGAAAAAAAGAAAUCACCACCGAAAAAAGUGUCGAAAAAACGUAAGGCAGACAGUGAUGCCAGUUCGGAAAAUAAUGAUUCAGGUGAUGAAUACAAACCCAAAAAGCCGGCACCAAAACCAAAAUCAAAAAUAUCAAAGAAAGCAGAUGAUGGCGCCAAAAAGAAAACCACUGGCAGAAAAGGUACCGGAUUCACACGACCAUAUCAACUAUCGCCACAGUUGGCCGCUGUUGUUGGUUCUGAUUGUUUGCCCCGUCAUGAGGUCGUCAAACGAGUUUGGGCCAUAAUCAACGAACGCAAUCUCUACGAUCCGAAAAAUAAACAAUUUGCCAUCUGCGACAGUCAACUACAAACCGUUAUGGGAGUUAAACGCUUCCGUACAUUUGCUAUGUUGAAAUAUCUCAAAACGCAUUUUCUCGGCUAAUCACACACAUUGCUUUUCAUUGAGAAUCUUUUUUUACACGAUUUCUUUUUGUAUCCACAAUCACAAACAGACAAACACACUCACACCGACCUACACUAAAUUUGUGAAGAAAAAAAUAACAAAUCAUAAUUCAAAAUAAAAUGAUACUAUUAUGUAGUAGCUUAAGGAAUACUGUUUUAUAACACUAAAAAAUAUUUUUUUCUAUUUGCACACAAUUUUCGGAUGCUUGGAAAAGUUCGAUUUCUUGAAAUUGAAGUAUUUUCGAUUUUACUGCAUGCCAGCUAAGACAGAAUUUUUGCAUGAUAAAAGAAAAGUAUUUUUUAUAAACACUAACACAUCAUAAACGCACUGGAAUUAUUUAACAUGUAUUGUUAGUUAUACUGGCAACCGAAAAUUGCGUGCACAUAGAUACAUAAGCUGUUAGUUUUAGAUGAUACAUUUAAACCAACCGAAAAGUGUUUGAAUUUUUCAAUUUUCAUUUUUCAACAUCGAAUGUUUAAAACUAAAACUCAAUUAUAAUAACAAUGAAAUGAAAUAGAAUGAUAGCCAAAAGACUAUCACAAACAUUUAAGUACAACGGGCACGUACCAAAUCAUUAUAAGUUCAUUUUGUGGUAAACAAUUUCUUAUUUUUUUUUUUCUUUUUUAUUUUUUAUUAAGAGUAAUUCAAUAGUUCUAUACAAUAAAUGCAAAUAGUAAUCAAUCUAAAAUGCGAUAUAACCGUUGUGCGAUGAGGAGAAAUUUCAUAAUCGAAUUGUCGGCACAUAAUCAGGCCAAUUGUUUUGUUUUUCAUUUGGAAUUAAGAAUUUAAUGAAAAAAUGCGACUUUUUUGUUAUCAUUUUUAUGAAUAAAAUGUAAAAUUUAUCAUUUUUCCGAAACACGUAUUUGAUACGGAGAAAAAUAAACUAAAGAAAUUUUCAAACAAUUCAA